ACAACUUAGUAACGAAUACAUUUAAGAAAGGAAUAAUGGAGGGAAAAGCUGUUGUGAUAUUUUUAGGAUGUAUUUCAUGUGUUUUUGCAGGUUAUCCAGUCACAAAAAAGUGUGCUAAUGAAUGUUCGAGUCGUUUAGAUUGUGGAAGAGGAUACUAUUGCCAAACUAUAGGAUGCAAUAGAAGGUGCACAUCUCUAAACUUACCAAUUGGCAAUGCUCAUAUUGACCAAGUAGUUUCACAAGACACAUUCGCAUUGGAAUGCGAACUAAGAUGUAGACAACAAGGAAGGGUAGGUUGUAGACGACUUUGUCAACAAAAUGGAGAUCAGUUUCUAGUAGACCAAAGAUUCCCAGUUGAUUCCUUGGACCAUUCCUUUCAAGGGUCCUCAGUAGACCGUGCCUUUCCAGGGGAUUCAUUAGGAAGUAUUCGUUCAGGCAGUCUUGUUGAUCGUAUCAGGUCAAUCGGUCCAGUAGACCGUACCUUUCCAGGGGCUUCAUUAGGCAGUAUUCGUACAGGCAGUCUUGUUGAUCGUAUCAGGUCAAUCGGUCCAGUUGAGUCAAUUCAUCAUAAAGGCUGCGAAAACAUGUGUAUUUCUAGGAAUCAAUGCAAACUCAACGAGGAUUGUGUCAGCAGAGAUGGAUGUAACGUAUGUGUUCGCGUCAGUUCAUAUGCGUAGUGGGACAAAUAAACACAGACUACAUAGUGCAUACCAUUGUAAAAUAUAUCAAUGUAUCUUCUUUUUUAUAAUUUUAUAAUAAAAAAAAUAAUAGAUGUA